AUGGCCUGGGCGCUGAUCUUCGGCUUGGGCACACCGUUGCAACUGAAGUACGAGAACGUGAUCAUGGGUAUAUUCGCGAAAUACGUGUACAUGGUCCCGACCAACGCCUCGGACUUUACCGUUCCCGGUGUCUAUUAUUCUCGGACACAGAAGAGCAGGUGGAGCAUCUACAAGGUGUUGGAGAAAGCGGCAGGACUGUACGGAUUCGGUGGCAAAGCGUGUCUGUUGAAGGCCAUUUGCGAAGCUGCGUCCGUCCCCUUUGACGGUACUCACAGUUUAUUGGGACAAUUGUUGCAGGUAUUCUUCAAGCCUUCCAGCACCGACGAGCAAUACGACCAGUACGAGGACCAGGAAUAUCGGGCGGCCGAACGUUUGGGCGAGCAAAUGUCGGCGGAAAACUGCCACGCCCUUUAUCCGGAAUGCCGCAGAAGUAUCCUGGAUGUGUUUUCCAUGGUCACCGUAUGAAUUCCAGACUAACACGACCA